AAACUAAAACUAACCCUUUCUUCUGGCUCUCUUCUCCUCCUCCUCUCUUUUACCUCGGGUUUCUUCUCUAUGGUAUCAUCAACUAUACUCAUUUCUCUUCUCCAUUCAAACCUUCGCACUCGGCCCAUCUUCCAUAUCUCACUGCCCUGAAGACUCCUCCUAAUAUGCAACCAGGUGAUAUUCCUCUAUAUCCUUCCAUGCCCGCCAUGGCUCCUCUUCCUGUUUCCAUGCCCUUACCCGGUACUCUCUUGGUUUCCGAGCCCGGACAUACCGUCACCGGGAAACGCCGACGAGAGGAUGACCUGAUCGUUUCCAAUUCGGAUGCCUCGGAUGUAUCGGCUCCUAAAAGACAAGCGAAGGCCCACGACGUGCUUUUCAGAAUCGUUGUGCCCUCCAAGCAGAUCGGGAAGGUUAUCGGUAAAGUUGGUUGUCGAAUUCAGAAGGUUCGUGAGGAUACCAAAGCUACGAUUAAGAUUGCGGAUGCAGUCGCGCGGUAUGAAGAACGUGUUAUCAUUAUAAGUUCAAAGGACAAUGAGAAUUCGGUUACUGAUGCGGAGAAAGCACUUCAGCAGAUUGCAGCACUGAUAUUGAAGGAAGAUGGUUCGAGCAUUGAGGAACUAAAAGUUGGAACAGGGCAUGUGGCUGCCAAUACUAUAAGGCUCCUAAUAGCAGGAUCUCAAGCAGGUUCCUUGAUUGGUGCCUCAGGUCAAAAUAUUGAGAAAUUGAGGAAUUCUUCUGGUGCAUCAAUUACGAUCCUUGCCCCAAAUCAAUUACCUCUUUGUGCAUCUGCUCACGAAUCUGAUCGGGUGGUGCAAAUAUCAGGGGAUAUUCUGGCAGUUUUGAAGGCUCUUGAGGAGAUAGGCAAUCAGCUAAGGGUAAAUCCACCUCGGCAAGUCAUUUCAGUUAGCCCAACGUAUAAUUAUAAUACAAUGCAUCCGCCACAGUCAUAUAUGGAUCCAACCUCAGUUAAUUAUGUAACCUUCGAGAUGUUGAUAUCGGAGACAUUGGUGGGUGGGUUGAUUGGGAUUGGUGGCUUCAACAUAUCAAGAAUCAGAAAUGAAUCUGGGGCUACUAUCAAGGUUUGUGGUGGCAGAGGUGAACAAAAUUAUAGGCAAAUACAAUUUGGCGGAAGUGCUGAACAGGUAGCGUUGGCAAAACAAAGGGUUGAUGAAUAUAUUUAUUCUCAGGUGAUCCGACAAGCUGGUGUUCAACAGACAGCUCUGCAGAUGUGGUAAAUCUCAUACAGAAAGAGAGUUGUUUUGAUUGUAAUGGCAAACAUCUCCAUGGGAAGCUCUGAAGGACAGCUCCUACAAACUUCAAUCUGAUGAAUGCAUGGAUACUGAUGACGAGUAUUACUACACUUGAUGAAGUGCCGCAGGAUUUUGGAAUAAUGGCUUCCUGUUUCUUCUUUAUUUUAAUUUCUUUUUCUUUUUUAAAUGUGACAUAUUGUAAUUGUGGCAAAAGAGUUGUCUGAAUAUUUUCUAUAUUAACAACUUAAAGAGUUUCUAUAGCUAUUAAAGGCUACUAGGAAAAGUUUGGCUUCCA